GUGUGUUGUAUACGGCUGUUCUGCGUCAAACGCUGACAGAGUCAGCUUACAUGAAUGGCCGAAAGAUGGAUAGGCAGGUUGUGGACCAGGUUUGUGAAGACAAAGCAGGCAAAGACAAAGACAAAGACAAAGCGCAUUGGACUUUAAACAAAUCAAAGUGGACAGUAAUAUGUUAUAAGCAUUUCAUGGAGAACUGCUUUGAAAACCCGGUACAGCAUUCACAUGGCUUCGGUACUAAUUCCAGCUGUGGUGAGCCAAAAGUUUUGUCUGACUUUCCAAUAAGUAUCUGAGGGCUGAAUGACACAGAUAUGAAGAGCCAAGGUCAGCUCAAGUAAAGUGUUAGUGCAGAGGAAUUACAAAGGAGCAACUGACCAAGCACGAGUGAGUGCCCGUCGCUGCAGACAUAGCCACCAUCCCCGACAUGGCCACCGCCUUUUCCACUUCAUUAAAUGAAGGCACUUACACGGGAGGGAGGUGUGGAAGGGAAGGGAAAAAAAAGCUCUCCACAAAAAGGUCAUUACACAGCACUUCAAAGCCCUGAUGGUUUUACAAAGCGAAGUGAAGAAGAAGCUGAUGGAAACUGCAAAGACAAUUUGCUUUUCACUUGUUUUUGAUUUUCUGUGACCGGUGUCUUUCAUUUAAGUCUGUUUGUCAAAAAGAAGCCGUAAAAAAAAAUAAGUCGAGUGAUACUUUAGCUACACAUCGGACCAGCAACUGACAGGUUAGAAACCUUUUUAAACGUGGUGCACACUGCGCCAUGCAGUUGAGCCCGACUGGACAAGACCAUAGCAUGAACACGAAAGUUGCCAACUCACUGGACACAUUUUUUUCCUUAGUUCCAUUUAUUGUCGCUGACACUGUUCCACACGACUGUCGCUUUUUUUUCUUCUUCCAGAAAGGAACGUAAAAACUGCUACCAGAUGUGUAAAAAUGCAGAUGAAACCACCCUGUGGCGUGCUGGCCAAUGCCAGCCGUAGCGGCGCUCUUGACUUGGAGAACUCCAGUACAGUUACAAAACUACGCGCCUGGGCUCCACUCGAGUAUAACGGCAAACUGCACACGGGAUAGCCACAGUCACGUCAGCGCCGUCACCGCCCACGUUAGGAUAAAGAUGCCUUGAGAGUCAACUGUACAAAUUUGGAGCAUGCGAACCUGCCGCCAGAAGAACACCAUCUCUUUCUCGACCCAACAUAAAGGUUCCUUUUACAUAAAUGCUUCAGAGGGCAGUGACGAGAGACACUCCUCCUGUAAGCAUUGGUGAGGCAGCUCCUGUCCCUCAUGUCUUUUUGUGGAAGCAAGAACACAAUACCCGUGGCAUCACUAGAGACAAGUCAGAGCUCCGGGGAGGAACGCUCCGGGGCGCUCCAGGGAACUCCGCACAACUCAGGUGACAGACUCAUGCCAGACUAGAAAUGGGCAAAAGUCCAAAUUAUGACGGCGGAACUUAUGAGCGGGAGUGAAAGGAGAGGUCACUUCUGAGUUGAGAGCGACAACCGGAUGGACCGGACUGCUUGAGGAAAAGUCAAGUCUUCCUUAAGAUACAGGCAAAGUACUUCUUAUAUUUGGUACCCAUUGCAGAAAAAUUCAACUGGAAUGAAUAAUAUAGCCCAUUGUCAUUAUCGUUAUCUGUCCCGAAGCGCUUUCUAAAUGCUAUGAAAUGGAGAUUCUCUUUAAUGAACGUCUUGAAUGGUCCCGGCAGUGCUUUUGAUUCGCUAGCCGGGUGUUUAUCUUAAUUCUCCAGCUCCUUAAGAGAGUCUGCAUUAAAAACUGCAUUGAUAUCACCCUUAGGGGAGAAGAGCGUAAUGUUUCUUUUAUGAAGUCUCUUUGUAAAACUUUACAGCUGACAGUAGGAUGAAGAAUCGAGUGGUUUGCCAUGAUGGAAAAGUAAACAAAUCUGGACUAUUAGUGAGGCUUUGAGGACCGGAGGCAUGUUCACAGGGGACGGCGUGGUCAGUGACCACUUCCUAACCGGGGGUGCGCUCAAGCCCCAUCAGGGACUAGAAGUAAACGCCUCGAUUCAAAUACAGAAUGGACAACACUUUGCAACCUUUCCUCCAUACCAGGGCCAGAUUUACAACAAUGCCAGCUCGCCCAAAGUGGAGAAUAAUGUUAUUAAGACCACAUUCAAAACGAUACCCUUUCCCGUGCCUCCUGCUGCACUCAAACUGGGGCAGGAAGGCUUCAAGAAAGUCUGCAGAACUGAGGAGCACAGCCCCUGUCCCUUCCCCGGACUGACUCCGGGGACACUGGAGAUGCGUGUGAAAGAGGGGAGCAAGAUCCGCAACUUGAUGGGCUUCGCCAUGGCUCGGAUGCAAGGAGAGAAAGGACUUUGCGGGGGAGGAGAGAGCGGGCUCAGACAGGUCGUCUUCACCGGGUCGGGCCGCGCCGUCACCAAGACUAUCACAUGUGCCGAGAUCAUGAAACGCAAAGUAGGCUCUUUGCACCAAUUGACCAAGCUGCAGAACAAGGUGGUGAAGGAGGUGUGGGAGAACACAGAGCAGGGGACAUCGGAGAUGACUGUGCACAGGACGGUACCCUCCAUCAGCAUCCUGCUUUCCAAAGACCCGCUGGACCCUCAGGAGCCAGGCUAUCAACCCCCAGAGACUCUCGGCACACUGUGGGAGGACAGAGACACGUGUGCCAUGCCGUCCACAUUCAAGAGACCCCCAGAACCGCCGCCGUUCAGCAGUUUGCCGCACUCUAAGCGUGUGUGCUCAGGCGAGGGGAUCUCUGUGACCCCCCGAGUGCACUGACUGGAUGUCAAACAUCAGAGUUCAUUUGGCACUGCCCUGCACUCAAGCACAACACCGAGACAAUCAGAACACUCACUGGGACAGAACGUUUUCUCACAAGAGUUAUCGACCAAUUGCAUCCUUACUGGGAUGUUCACAGCUUGCCUUCUGUAAUAUAAAGCUGUGAAAAUUGUGGUAAUGUACCUGUUCUAAAACAAUGAACUCAAUAACAAUACUUUUAAGAUUGAAAAAUAGCCAUGCACUGCAAAGACAAAGUUUUCUUGAUUGUUUGUUCCAUGCCAAUGCAAAUAAUGCUAUUUGGCAAUUUCAUUUUUCUUAGUGUGACGUUACUCUCAGCCCAGCGCUAUUUUAAUUAUGUUGAAUCAAUCCAAGUCAAAAUUACGAGAGGAUAUUCAUUAAAGAACAUAAAAGUUCCCAUUUUUAAUCAGUUUUAUUUUAAAAAACGCAUCAAUCCUAAAAUAAAAAUAUUUUAGUUUAAACCAGCUGACUGCCAUUUGUCCAUCACAUCUUGUUACUUUUACCCAACAAAGCAUGUAGCAAAAUACGGCAUCUUUUACAGUUUUGUGCAAAGUAUACGUCGCUGUUGAUGUACGUGAAAAUAAAAAGUGCACGUGUGAAUGUGUUUGAAAGAAAAGAGCAGAAAGCUGCUGGCAAUAAAUGCAAAUCACGCCGUUGUCCAUUUUUCCGUGCUUUAGUUAUAUUUUUCCUCAUGCUAUUUUAGCUAUGUUGCAUAACAUUUAUAUAAACAAAAGCAAAUACAAUUCUUUUUGUUAAAAUUUUAGUUUGGACUACCUGCUGACUCUGUCUACCAGACGGUAACGCUUUUCCCCCAUCCAAAGCAUGUUGCAGUUUGUGAUAUAUUUUACAGUUUUUGGCAAGAGUGCCUUGCCGCUGUUAGUGUGUGUCGUUGCUGAUGAACAGCAAAAUAAAACGUGUGCUUGUAUUUUGUGUAUGGUAAAAGAGUUGACAGCGACUGACGAAUGCAAAUCAUGCCAUUGCCAAUUUUUCUUUGCCUCGGUAUUACGUUACCCCCCCCCCUUGCUAUUUUAGUUGUUGAACGAAUUUACUAUAGCUUGAAAUUGUCAGAGCACUUUCAAAAAUACUUGCUGUCAACUAUUUGUCCACCAGAUGGCGCUACUUUUUUCUCCCUUUCACAGCACGUCGCAAAAUAACGUGGUGACAACUUAUACUAUUUUGUGCAAGGUUGCCUUUCUACUGAAAUGGUGUGUCUCUAGUGAUUAUGUCAAAAUAGUGUGUGUCUGUGUGUGUGUGUGUGUGUGUGUGUGUGUGUGUGUGUGUGUGUGUGUGUGUGUGUGUACAUGCACAUCUGUUUGCGUGACUGUGGUUGUAUGAAAAUGCCACCGAUGACAAAUAGAAAUCAUGCCAUUGUCCAUGUUUCUUUGUCUCAGUAUUAAAUGCUAUUUC